GAGAUUGUUGAUGUCAAAAAGUUACACAAGCUCGGAUGAGGUUUUACAAUAAGGAGCUUUCACAACCGUAAACAGGGAAUCACGCUUAGAUCCAUCAUUCACAUCUACCGGCUCCACCUGUGAGCGCGGGGCUUCUCUUUAGGGGAUUAUUAUAGAGAGAGUGGGAAAAACACUCCAAAUUCAGUCCAUAUCAGCGGGAAACCAUCCACGCCUUCUCUCUGUGGACAAUAAGCACCACACUGCGAGUUUCACAAGCUUCGCGGAGCGUCUGGUGAUCUGACUUGUUUGGGGACUCUCUGGUAUGUUAACGUGAUUGUCUCGGUCGUCACAAACAAGUAAGCCCGCUGUCGUGUGUUUGUCUGGGUGAGGGUCGCAGGCUUCGCCGUCGCUGCCACUACCAUCACCACUACCACCGCCGCUUACAUCAGCGCUCAUUGGGGUUGGGUGGCGGGGUGGGGAGGGUAUACUCGUGGCUUUUGUAAUCUUCACCUCGUGGACGAAACGUUUUAGCGAUGGAGUUGGAGUCCGUGAUUUUGACGACUGGAGGCUCGGUGGGAUUUUUCAAGCUUGUCAACAUCGGGGUCAGUAAACUCCCCAUACCCGAGACUGCCUGCAGGAACCCUUGGAAAUGGAGAAACAUCUCGACGUCGUGUGUGCACAGCCUGAUCACCGCGACAUGGGCAGUGCUUUGCUUUUUCCUCCACCCGCAGAUGGCCGAGGAUCUGAUAGAAACACACUCCGUGUUUUCUCAUGUUUUGGUCUCUUUCUCAAUCGGUUACUUCAUCUAUGACUUCUUUGACAUGGUGGGGAACCAGAAGCUGAGUCAAUCAUGGGAGCUGCUCUUCCAUCACAUCGUGGUGAUCACCUGCUUUGGCCUCGCUGUGGUGUCAUGCCGCUACGUGGGCUUCGCCGUGGUGGCCUUGUUGGUGGAGAUAAACUCUGUGUUCCUCCAUCUCAGGCAGAUCCUGCGCAUGGCCAACAUGGGCGCUUGCACACUGUAUCGCGUCAACAGCAUGAUCAACCUGGGCACGUACGUGGUGUUCCGUAUCAACACGCUGGCCUGGAUGACCCGGUGGCUGGUGCUCAACAGGGACAAGGUGCCCCUCCUGGCCUACACGCUAGGCAGCGUGGGCAUGGCCAUCAUGACUGCCAUGAACAUUGUCCUCUUCUGCCGGCUGCUCAGGAGCGACUUCUUAAAGAGCAGCACCCGGGAGGCCAAGAAAGAGAAAGAGACAUAGAGAGGAGAGAGGAGAAGCAUUACUGUACUGUACGUUACUGUACAUCAGCACUCUGUGACUGACAUUUGAUACUGGUUUGCCUGCAUUUAAAAUACUUAUAGCUGGGAAACAGAGAUAUCUGCAUCUCACUUACAUUACAGGUACAUGAACUCCAAGUGUAAUCAAACACCCUCACCUCAAAUCCAUCUACCUAUCAGCUGCAGUUUUUUUUUUUUUUUUUCUAGUUCAGUGCUUCAAAGAAACAAAUCGAGGCCUUGUGAAAUGACACCAAAUGCCUUAUUGUCACAGGGCGUUUCAGCUAAAUCAAUCCUAAAAUGUAGCUCGCGAUAAGUGAUGAUGCACUGAGCCCUCUAAUGUCCACAGCCAGUGGAAACGGAAAAUGAUAUAAAAUAUCGCUCUUUACUUUAGACAGUAAUCUUUUAUUCAUAUAUAGACAUAUAUCUCUAUACAUAAGUCACACACAUGUCAUGCUGUUGUGAGUUAAUUCUUCCAGUGGAGUCCAAAUCCUCCCGCUGUUUACCGCUCACACUGAAGAGGUGAAUGGCUUUCCCACCAAAUCUCCUCACCUUAAAAACGUCUGCUACCUCAGAGAACUUGCAGCAGUUCUUCGCGCUUUCUAACAUGAACACUCGCUUUGCUGUCAGUGAUUGGCAGAUUGUUUCUUGCUAGCAAAAAAAAAAAUGUAUUAAGUACAAGAAAAUGUAUGCUAUGAAAUAAAAGAAUCAAGCAAAUACCCAUCUUCGCUUGAGGAAAGAACAAUAAUGACUAGGAGAAUAUUAAAGUAAAAUAUUUAGCUUUGAUGUCACAAAAACUUUUACAUAUAUUAGAAGUACCUAAUUUAAUCCUGAUACUCAACACAGCUGGUGCCCUUUGGACCUGCCCAGCUGUUAGGUCGGUAAACCUCAGAGGAACAAAUCAAAAUUUUGACUCGAUUGUUUCCUGGAUCAUUACAGACAUCCCUGUCCAUCAGCGGGUAGCUAUGCUUAAACUUGAACCCUGUGAAGUGAAAGGAAAACAAAGCAACCUAAAUUAUGUCGAUAGUUGCAUAAACUGCUGUUAUUAAUUUGUGUAGAUUUCUGCAGUGUGCCGUGGAGUGUGCGGUCUGCAGUAGGAGCUUUCAGACUGGCAGGAAUUGGCAGCACAUUCCUGCACCUCACCUCAGUGACCUCAGCUGAGCCAAGACCACCAGAGAGGCUCAUCUUUGCAAUCCCACCUUUAGUUGUGCAGUCGCCAAUGAGCACGACAGAUAGCAGAGAAAUUUCUGAGGUGGCAGGAACAAACAGGUCUGAGAUCUGUGAAUACAGCAGACUAGUACACACACGGCUGCUGCACGGCUCACAGCAUUAUAGCCCUUCUAUGGCAUGGAAAUAAUUUUAAUGCCAUUCAAUUUUUUGUUUGUUUGAUUUUGUGUAUAUUCAGUGUUUAAUUGGUUUAUUGUAUAACUUUGUAAUUUAUUUGUACUAAAAAAAAUGUUGUGGAUUUAAGAUGGCGCGGCGUUCAACAAGUUUUCCUGUUGUUGAUUAUAGUGAAGCUAAUAUGAUUGUGUUAAGUCACACUGUUGGGGGGGCCUUUUUUGCCACUUGUUUUUCUCUUUGUUCUCUCCACAUACAGUUCCCACCCACCCACACCCCUCCCAGUUUGAGGGGAAGUCUUUAUUCAUCUCAGCUUGAAUCUGUUUAUGUUCAGGCCCCAAUACCAGGCUGUCCAGCCCCAUUACAAGCACAGUGAACAGCUUUUCUAAAGGAAACUUGGAAGUCCAAAAUGUAAACUUAGGAAAUGACACUGUUUGGGGAAAAGACCAAAAGUUUGUUAUUGUUACAGAUGAUUUCAAGCCUUCUUUAAUUUGCCCUUUUUGAAUUUCUAUUUUGAAUGUUUAAUUUGCUUUUUUUCUUUUUAGGGCAGCUUUGUUGUUAUAGUGAAGAAAACUGAUACCAAUUGAAGUUCUUCAUGACAAGCAAGCUUACACUUGUGAAUGUGCUGUAUAAGGCUGUAAAGUUAAUGAAAUCGUGCACGUAUGGUUGUAUUUGUUCAUUAUGUUGCUGUGUGCUUUAAUGAAUUGUGACACACCUUAGCACCCAAGUCAUAUUAAUGCCCUAAUGAUUUGAAAAAAAAAUCUGCAGUUUCUGCCUUUUUUUUUUUUUUUUUUUUUUUUUGGAUCACCUGUAAGGCUUUGAUUUCCAAAUGUGAUUGUGCCCGAUUUAAUAUUGGUGGCUAGUGGUCAUAAGGAGAAAAUAUUUAGGAUGUAAGUGCAGAGAAAGUGGCCAUCAUGCACAGUAGAUGUGUUUGAGAAUAAUAAAGACCGCUCUCUUUAUCAGAACCCACAAAUUAUAAUUAGUCUCUGUGAGCCCUUGUUUAUUCAUUUAUGGAGUUCCUUUUUUUCUGCUCAAGUGAUAACAGUGGAGAUUAUUACACUGUGCAGCUUGUCAAGGUCUUAGGAAAAAAAGAAAUACUGUAUUAAAGCAAUGAAGACUGCUUUAAGUUCUGAAAGCAAAAAUCAUCCUUUCUCUGGUGCAUCAAAAUGUCACAUAUAAAUAUAAUGGUGUAAAUAUAACUUUUAUUUUUACAUUUUUUACAUGUUUUGGCAAAAUUGCUUUGUAAUUAAAUUUCCAAUUUUUAUGUUUGUAUAAUAAUGUUAUUCGUUUAACGUGACAUC